AUGUCGGCGCGGUUAACGCCCAUCUUAAUUCUAUCGUUCCUCUCACUACUUCAGCCUGCUCAGAUGGUCAAACAUGAAAACUUCAAAACUUGCUCGCAAUCUGGCUUUUGCAAGCGUAACCGUGCGUUAGCAGACCGGGCUCAAUCAGCCGGUGCUUCAUGGACGGCACCGUAUGAGCUUGACGGAAAGACCCUCCAGCUGAAAGACGGUGUUCUAACAGGUAAAAUAUGGAAAACAGAGGCUGGAGGAAUUGAGCUUCCUCUGGAAGUCUCGCUUUUUGAGAAUGGUGUUGCAAGAGUGACUAUCGAUGAGGCCCAACGAAGAACGGGGGAGAUCACCCUUAGGCAUGACAGUAAAGCUAGGAAGGAACGCUAUGAUGGGGCUGAGAAGUGGGCAUUGGUUGGGGAUCACAAGUGCCAGAAGACUGCGACAAUGGAGACGAAGGAAGGGGUCACGACUGUCGCUUACGGCCCGGAUAACUAUGAAGCACGGAUUACGCAUAAACCCUUUAGCGUUCAGUUUUUGAAGGGAGGGGAGGUUUAUAUUGUCUUUAAUGACAGGAAUCUCAUCAAUGUUGAGCAUUGGAGACCUAAGAUUGAGAAGGCUGAAGGAGAAGAACCAACCGAGGAUGAGGAGACUUAUUGGGAGGAGACAUUUGGUGGGAACACUGAUUCUAAACCCAGAGGUCCUGAAUCCGUUGCUUUGGACAUUACUUUCCCGGGAUACGAUCACGUGUAUGGUAUUCCUGAACACGCUACCAGCCUAUCGCUCAAGGAAACCCGGGGAGGCGAAGGCAACUACAAUGAACCGUACCGCCUAUAUAACUCCGAUGUCUUUGAAUAUGAAACCGACUCCCCAAUGACUCUUUAUGGCUCCAUCCCUUUCAUGCAGGCACAAAAGAAGGGCUCUACUGUUGGAGUUUUUUGGCUUUCCGCUGCCGAAACAUGGGUGGAUGUCAUUAAAACCAAACAAAACCCCCAUGCUCUGACAACCGAGAAAGCGUCUACACAAACUCAUUGGAUUUCUGAAAGUGGUCUCCUAGACGUCUUUGUGCUCCUCGGUCCCGAUGCGGCCUGGGUUUAUAGGCAGUACGGUGAACUCACUGGUUUUACCACUUUGCCUGCAAUGUUCUCCAUUGCUUAUCACCAAUGCCGCUGGAAUUACGUCUCCCAAGAUGAUGUCAAGGAUGUUGAUAGGAAGUUCGAUAAGUUUGACAUUCCCUAUGACGUUAUCUGGCUAGAUAUUGAGCAUACAGAUGGCAAGAGAUAUUUUACUUGGGAUCCGUUGACAUUCAGUAAGCCGGAGUCUAUGCAGAAAACAUUGGCCAGGAGAGAUAGAAAACUCGUUGCAAUCGUUGACCCGCAUAUCAAGAAUGACGAAAAUUAUGCCGUUGACAAAGAAAUGGUUGCAAAGGGGUUCGGCGUCAAGGAUAAGGGUGGUGAGAAGGUGUAUGAGGGGUGGUGCUGGCCCGGAUCGUCUCAUUGGGUGGACUGCUUCAACCCUGCUGCCGUUGACUGGUGGAAGUCACUCUUCAAAUUCGACAAAUUUAUUGGAUCUACCCCUAAUCUCUGGAUCUGGAAUGACAUGAAUGAGCCCUCUGUUUUCAACGGGCCGGAAACUACCAUGCCAAAGGACAACAUUCAUCAUGGUAAUUGGGAACAUAGAGACGUCCACAACAUCAACGGAAUGUCUUUCCAUAAUGCGACAUACGAAGGCUUAAAGAUCAGAUUGGGCAGUGGGAAGGAGAGAAGGCCCUUUGUUCUUACCAGGAGCUUCUUCGCUGGAAGCCAACGGAGCGCUGCUAUGUGGACUGGUGACAAUCAGGCCGACUGGCCUCAUUUGCAACAGGCGUUCCCAAUGCUGUUGGCCAACGGUAUCGCUGGAUUCCCUUUUGCUGGAGCCGAUGUCGGAGGUUUCUUUGGCAACCCAUCUAAAGAGCUUUUGACCAGGUGGUAUCAGGCCGGAGCUUUCUACCCGUUCUUCCGUGGCCAUGCCCACAUCGACGCCAAGCGAAGAGAGCCGUAUCUUGCAGGUGAACCAUACGUCUCAAUCAUCAGAGAUGCUAUCCGUCUUAGGUACUCUCUCCUUCCCGCCUGGUAUACCGCCUUCCACCAAGCGAGCCGGGAAGGCAUGCCGAUCCUCCGACCCCAUUUUGUCAUGUUUCCUGACGAUGAAGCUGGAUUUGCUAUUGACGAUCAAUUCUUCUUGGGUGGUACUGGGUUGUUGGCCAAGCCAAUAGUUAAAGAAUCCGCUACCAAGACCACCGUUUACUUUCCCGACGACCAGGUCUACUAUGAUUACUUUGACCACACCACAUAUCACCGAAAGGGGCACCAUGAGGUUUCUGCAGCUCUUGAGGAGAUUCCACUUUUCAUGAGGGGCGGUCACAUCAUUCCUAGAAAGGAUAGGCCAAGGAGAAGUUCGGGUUUGAUGAAAUACGACCCGUACACAUUGGUUAUCGCAGUGAGCAGUGAGGGUACUGCCGAUGGUGUUCUCUACGUUGACGAUGGUGAGACAUAUGCCCAUCAGUCCGGCGCAUACAUUCACAGAGCCUUCACGUUCAGCUACGGAGACAAUACCCUCCGCUCGGGAAAUCUUCACCCGGAGCCGGCAAAGGCGGCGGCCUACAACAAGGAUAUGAGGUCUGUGAGGGUGGAGAGAAUCGUGAUUGUCGGUAUAGGUAAGGAAUGGGCUGCAAAGAAGGUGGUGGAGGUCAAGCAAGGUAGCAAGACUUGGAAAGCGAAGAUCGUUUACACCGAGGGUAAGGACGGUAAGGCCAAUACGGCCGUGGUUAGGGACCCAAAGGUUAGCAUUACCAAGGACUGGAGUGUCAACUUCACAUAAAGUAUUAUUUGUUUUGGAGCGGCAACAGGGGCUGCGGUUUUAUUGUUUCUUGUCGUUUGCUGUGCGGGAUACCAUGGCAUGCAGCGUAUUCGGGAUAUGGCACCUUUUUCUUUUUUUUUUGUUAGGGAAUCCAGUUUAUAGACCGAA